AUGGAGUGCUUAAGAGAGAAGUUUUACGACGGUGUAGUCCUUGAUGGACGUUUUGAAACGAUAUCCCCCCUCAACCAUGGCUCAUUCGGAAUGGUUUUCAUGGCCAAGGACCUAAUCACCAACGAAAUCGUUGCUAUCAAGUGCUUAACCAAGAAAUCUGCCACCAUGACUGAUGCCGAUUCCGCAUUUGCCAUUGACGAGCACUCGGAAGAACUAUCCUGCCACGCUCGACUUGGCUCUCACCCAAAUAUUGUCAAUCUCAUCCACUCCUUCGAGACCGAAGCCCAUGUGUAUAUUGUCUUAGAGUUUUGCUCCAGGGGUGAUCUUUACGAAGCUAUUCGAACUGGCACUGGCCCGCUCGAAACAGAACAUGUCCGUCAAUUUAUGCUACAACUUAUUGAUGCUGUUGCAUACAUUCACAGCAAGGGCAUGUAUCAUCGUGAUAUCAAGCCAGAAAACAUCUUCCUCACUCAAUCUGGGGAGAUGAAGCUUGGUGACUUUGGCCUUGCAACGUCGGAGAAGUGGUCAUACGAAACUACCGUGGGAAGUGACCGCUACAUGUCUCCAGAACAAUAUGAUUCUGCUGACAAGCAAUCACUCUUCGAUGUCUUCCCUACAAUGUCACAAGACACGUAUGAAGUCAUUGCUCAGUGUAUGAGUCUUGAUCCUCGAAAGCGAUCGCUUGCUGGCGCUCGCGAGGCCAUCGAACGUGUACUCAGCUUCACAACAUUUGAUGAGUUUGCCGAUGACUUCAGCUCUGCUGAUCGUCGUGGCAUUCCCAGCUCGAACCGUGAGCCAUUGCGCACGCCUUCCAUUCAAAGCCCUCAAAUCGAUGCGGGUGCCUCCUUCCCAUGGGCUAAGGCGUUACAUGCUAGUCCACCUCAGCAAUUCCGUCAACUCUCCGCCAUUCCAGAUGAGGAUUACGACUCCGAGGACCUCUUCCCAGGCUCUGAAGUAAGCAAGAAGGAUUGGUUCUCCAUGGGAGAGCAAACUCCUUCAAUGGAAUCAGUCCUCGAUUCUUCCUUUGGAUCCUCGAUGCAAUCUCUUGCCAUCCGACGCCAUAUGAAGGCUGGUCCUCCAAAGGCUAGUCUUACUCCCAUCUCUGGAUCUCUACCCAUCGCCAUGGCAAAGCCAAUCCCAUUGCCAUCUAUGGCAUCAGUCUUUGGCAAGAAGAGUGACAUGGUAUCCAAGAGUUGGGGUGAUCUCUGGGAUGAAGAGAUGGAAGAAGAAGAAGAGCUCGACAAUCAAUUCAAAGCACGCCAAAUGGCAAACUCGCGCACUUGGUAG